GUUGUUCCAAAGUUUUGGAAACUAUUUCCAAAGUGGGACAUCCGCGGUGAUCUCGUGCGCGCGUUUAAACCUCUAUAAUGCGACUGAAACGUUAGCGCACGGAUAUUAAGAUGUUGUUGUUGUUAAGGAAGCUGGGGUUUCUCUACAAAACGCCACGAAAAUGUUUUUUUUCUCUAGUCAUCCACAACAUUCCACUCUCAGUACAGACGGCUAGCUAGCGGCUCUGCUUGGUGAGAGCUGCGGCGGCACAACAACGACUUAGCGAAUGCUUAUUCGGGUACACGGGACCGCGGCGGGGGCCUCCAUACUGUCAUUAUUAUUGACCGUUCACGUGUCAUGUUUGUUCCAACCUCCUUUACAUCAAUGUUGUAUUCACGGUGCAAACGUUCAUGAGCUGGAGGAGAGUGCUGGACGUCAUCAGCUCGGCUCUGAAUGCACAUCAUGGUGUUCAACCUCAUCACCAGCACCAUCCCCUCAGUGGGACAGCCCGGAGACUGUCUCCUGGAUCCAUUUAAUGCAAUAUGAUGUGAGAGCAGCACAGCUCAAGAUGGAUGGCAGUAAACUUGACUUGCCAGGUGCGAUGGAAGCGAAAAGGCCCAUGGAGUUUUCUUCAGAGGGGCCCCUCUCUUCUUCAGCUCCUGCUGGUCCAUGGGGACAUUCAAUUUACUCAUCAUUCGCCUACAUGUCAAACAUCUUGCACCUCCGGGUCCGCAGGAGCACGCUCACCAGAUACAACCUGGGCCGCACUCUGCCUUUGGUUCAGACUGUGGCACACCCAUCUGCGUUCAGGGUUAGAUUUAACAAGUGUGUACAGGUGAUGCGUGACACUGAUCCUCCUCAGCUGACAUUCUUCCUGCUGAUUCACAACAUGGGCCCAGCCGGUGGUACCAAUCUGUCUCAGGUGGCUGUGCGGGACUCUCUCUCUGGAAUAGUUCCCCUGAAAACUGAAGGCAGGGUGGUUGAAAGAGGCUACCAGACAUUUGCCAUCGAUUCACUCUCUGCUGGCUCUCAGAUCGUUGUCAAUUACACUGCUCUAAUACUGAGUCACAAGAGUGAGGUCCUGGACCUUCCAGCUUUUCUCACCUUUUCUAAUGCCUCACAGAACGAUGUCAGUAUGUUUGGUCCAUUAACAGCUAAUCUAACACUGAGGGUGAACUCCACUGACAGGAUCCAUCCCAACCACAGUGUCCAUUUUGCUGGAUUUGUUGCUGGGUUCUUUGUCACGUUGGUGCUGCUGUCGCUGGGAUUUCUGGUCAUGAACCUGAUAGGCCUUAGAACCAGACUGCACCUUCUGCAACAAAAGAGAAAAAGAGGGGACUCAGACCCGGAGUAUGCAAACUGCAACAUGAGUGAGACAAUAAAAGACGAGGCAACAUUUGAAGACAAGAUGGUGGACAUCAUGGUGUUGGAGGAUCCACAGAACAUGUAUCAGGCUUUGGAAAACCUUGAAAUGUCUACGCUGCUGCGUGCCACCAACAACCUGGAGGCAACCCGCAUUCAGAUCUACAAGGAUGUGAUAUCGUCGCUGCUGGACGACCUGAGGUCCCGGGGCCAGACCACAGUCCAGGCUCAGCAGAGGCUUCUCAGUGUGCUUCAUGGACAGCUGCUGGGCAUGGAGGGGCGGCUGAAGGAGGUGCGUGGGUCUCGCAUGGCUGCCCUGGCUGGUCAGUGUAACCUGGAGACUCGGGAAGAAAUGGAAGCGGAGCACCGCAGGGAAGCGGCUGAAAAAGCUCAGGCUGAGCUGUUGUGUCAACAUGCAGAUCAACAGGAACUCCUCCAGUGCAGUGCAGUGCUGGAGAAGCUGCACAAACUGAGCCAGAGUCAGCUCCAGCGCAUCCUGUUGGUCCGACAUGAAGAAGCCUCAGCGAAGGUGCAGAGGCAGAUCAUUGAGUGGCGCCGGGUGGAGCUGCACAAGAUCUUCUCGGAGGAGCUGGACGAGGCCACCAGGAUGGGCGAGUUGGAGAAGGGCACAGCCAAGAGUCUUCAACACGAUUAUUUUACCUGUCAGGAUCAGCUCGAAGAGGUUCUGGAUGUGGUCCUUGCCAAUCAGCGAUAUGUUCUGGCCGAACGCCAUGCACAGAGGAAGUUCCUGCUUCACAGUCUCCACAGCCUCAACAGCCUGAUUUCUGACACCUUCUCCAGCUCCUCCAGCAACUUGCACCAAUGGUUCACUAACAUCAGGAGAGAGAGCACUCUGCCUGUAGAGCAGGUAGACCAGCUGCAGGAGAAGGCCCAAAAUGAGCUGGUGAUGGUUCGGCAGAGACUGGAUGAGGCACUGAGCCAAGAGAAAAGAGCCAUGCGCUGCGGCCUGAUUAAGAAAAGAAGGGAGCUCAUCUCUGACAUGCUGAGGGUCCACAAACAGAGACAGAAGGAUCUCUCGUGCCUGUCUGGAGGUCUGGAGGGAAGGAUGGUGGUCGCUCAGAACCUGCACUGCUGGCAGAACUUACUAACUGCUCACAACCUAGAGCUAGCUGAGCUCAUCAACAAUCUGGAUGAGGAAGCUACUGCUGACAUACGCAAGGUGAUCAUGCGUGUGAUUCAAGGAGCCAUAGCAGAGGUCAAGUCCAUCCUGCCGUCAACAGCCCAAGCACUGCUAACUUCCUUGCCGUCAGGGACACAUCUGUCCCUGCAGCAGGUGGAAUCAGAGCAAGGAGCAGCAGGGCAGGCCCCAGGGCAGGGAGUGAGUGGUCUCCUGCAGGGUCAGGAAAGGCUGCACCAGGAGGGCAAGGCAGCCUUACGCACACUGAGCUGCACCAGGGAGGCUCUGCAGGAAGCCAUGGACAGAGAGCUGCAGGAGCAGAAGAAGAUAAGAGAAAACUGCAGAGCUUUCUUCAGGUCAGUGUGUUCGUCCCAGCUGGCGUUGUCUGAAGACGACCGGCUGAGGAUGAAGCUGGAGUUCCAGAAGUGUCUGUCUGUGAUGGACCGCUGCCUGGUGCUGCCUCACGCCGUCUCCAGAAGCAAACUCCACGCAUACCUGGCAGCGUGGAGAAAGGACAGUGAGAAACAGAUGAUAAAUGUGCAGUCCAAGGGGAAAACCAGCAAAGCCAGACAAAACACAGACACGUCCAACCUGCUGCUUUUCCAGAAAAGGCUCGAGGAUAGGAUCCAGCUGUUUGAGAAGGAGAAGGAGAUGGAGAGCGGUAUCAUGAACAAGGUGUUAGAGGAGAUGCAAAGGGAGAGGGAAGAUGCUCUGCACUCGCACGCGGACAACCUGGCGAUUCAGAUGGCGACCAUCCACUACCAGAAGGCUGAGAGGAGGACCAAAGUCUUGGAGACGUCUAGAUCCAUGCUCACCCUUCACAGUCUGCUCAUUCAGCAGCUCAGAGAGAGAAAGAGCCUGGACAGGCAAGACAUGGCUCAGAGUAUACAGUGCCACUGCUUGGGCCUAGAGGAAGCAGAGCAACAGCUUCAGAAGGAUAAGACAGAGUUGUGCGGCCUGGAGAUUUCUCAGGGCAGAAUUGAGCUGAAUAGAACACACACUGAAGACUUCGAUGAGUCGUCGGAGGAGGACAAAGAAGGAAUGUUUCAGCUGCAGCAGGACUGCAGGAUGUCAUCCAUCCUCCAGGAGGCGCUCUUCAAGUGUGGUCAGGUCAUCGCUCUGUUGGCUGAGAGCUCACAGGAAAGAACUGCCAACAAUCAAGCCAUGGAGGAUUUAAAAGAACAAAUGGAGCUCAAGAGACUUUAUGGUAACUGCGACCAGGAUCUGGAGUUUGCGUCUCAACUGGUGAAGCAGAGUCAGCUGUCUGUUGAGGUUCUCCUCGAAACGCUGCGUCUCCUCCUCCCCACCCUGCCUGAAAGUGAACUCCUUUCCAUCACCUACGCCCUCUGCCCUAAACAACACCCGGGUUCAGUGUCGACAGAGCCAGAACACAUAGGGUGUGUUGGGGAUUCCGAUCGACUUCUCUCCGCCAAACUGAGAAAAGAUGUGGUGAAUAGAAAUAUGCUAACUAUGCAGAGCUGCACUGAGGAGAGAGGGAGACUCCAGGAAAAGAGGCAAAGCCUCAUGGAAAAACUGCUCCCCAAGUCAUGUCCUCUGCUUCCAAGAGAUGCUGAGGCAGAGAGGGAGAAGGAGGACGGUUGCCCCGGAGCACGACGGCCUGUUAAUAGAUCAAACCUGACUGAAAAUACAGUUACACAGCAGCAGAGUGAGCCAGCCAAAGAGAGAGCUGGACCCAGUGUGAGCGAAACAUUACACGGCUCAGCAGGUGAAUACGUGAAUUCAGCCUCUGCCAGCUCUGCACCGAGCAGCUCCUCUGCAGGAGAAAGGCUGUUUGUGUUUCGGGCUCCUCCUGAAUCACAUGACUGUGUGGACGUCCCCAAGAGAAAGGGGAAAAGAAGAAACUUUCUCAAUCUGAAGAAAGGCUCAGUGGCCCCGACAAAUGUAGGAUGAGAUGUACAGUUGUGGUUUUACAUAUAUAUAUGUUUAUACACAAUAUAUAUGUGUAUAUCACAAUUGUAUUUUAUGUUGAUGCUUACAUACAAAAUCAUUCUGUAAUUUUGCUCUGUAGCCUCUUUUUUAAGUAAAGACAGCUGACUUCACUGUUUCCAGUCAUUUGCUUUUUCUCAUUACUGUUGUUUAUAAACAGGUUGAUUUGCAGAUGCAGAUGAUUUGCAGAUGAUUCUCGGGUUAUUAUUUCUUCAUCUGUGAUAUUUUGGAAAAGUGCACAGAGCCUUGGGCUCACAAGGCUGCCUCUCAAUUUAUUGGAGUAAGACCUCGAAAAAAACCAUUUAACCCUUUAAAGGUGAAUGCCAAUUUGGUCCCUUUCCAAACUUCAGAUGCACACAUGUAUGAUGUGUAAUCUCACCCCGCUGCAGUGUACAGUGGUUAAGUUAUUUUGAAUCCUUGAAUCUAGUGCUGUGUGAUUAAAAUCAAGUUUUGUUUGACUGUUGCAUGCAGCAUGAACAAAAUAAAAGACGGAUUUUGAUGAGA